ACUCAAGGGCCUGGCUCCCCCCGCUCGUCUCCCAGCCACACAGUCAGCCGGCCCAUCCCCAUGCCAACCCAGUCAGAGUCUGCCGGCACCACACCCACUCACACCCCUCAGGACUCACUCAUGGGUGUGGGAGGGGAUGUGCAGGAGGCCUUCGCUCAGGGUAAUACACACACACACACCUUUACAGUUAGGAGUGCAGUAGCCUCCUCAGGUUCUGGAAAGCCACAGUGUGUGUAGGCUUAUGUACCAGCCUCUGUUCUAUCCCCAGGCCCCAGGAGGAACUUGAGAAAUGACCUCCUUGUUGCUGCUGACUCCAUCACCAACACCAUGUCUUCAUUGGUUAAAGAGCUCAAUUCAGGUAAUACUAUGGUCUCACUGUGUCUCUGACUUUUGAAAAUAUACCUUUCACAUCCUCAGAGCAUUUUAAAGCUGUGUGUGUUUUGUCUUCUUCAGAGGCUGGAAUUCAGUCAGAUAGCAACAUGGACUCUCAGACAGAUGAACUGGUCUCCUCUCCCACUUCCGAUCUUCUAGCACAGAUGACCACUAAACCACGGUAACUACAGUAUGAAAUAUGCACAGUGUGUAGAUAUGCUGUAUGAAUCUCUAUAAAAAGCUAAAAAUCAUAUACAGUAGAUUGUAGUAUGGUAAUGUUAGAUUUACCUCCAUAGUGUUGGUGGCAUGAACCCUGGUGGAGUUGAGGAGGAGUGCUAUGAGAACGACUUGGUUCAGGUGUUGGAGGAUGAGCUGAAGAUGGGGGAACUACUGAAACACAGACAGGAGCAAGAGAAAACCUGUAUG